AUGGCCAAUCAGCAGCCGGAGACUGUUAUUCCACAGCAGGAACAAACAAGCAUUCUGAAUAGGGACAAUACGCAAUGGUUGCCAGAAAAACACGCCCAGCGCAAAAAGAAGGUGGUAGCCCUAAUUUCGAACUUGCACCCCAAGAAUAAAAGGAACGACCUUUUUGCCCUUUCACCUUAUCUGUUCGUCAGGCUUGUGGUUGAUCUUUACGGCCGAAGUCAGCGAAAUUGCUCACGCGACGAUGAAACCUGUCUGCGAAAUCCGACCCUAUUUCGAAAAUUCAACAGGUGCGAUAUGGUCCCCGUGGUGAUGGGCACUCAACGAGAAGUCUACUGCGCUGUAGCGCCUCCAAAUUUCUUCAUACAUCUGGACGAUUUUUCGUCUCCUGCCAAGCUAGGCUAUUAUCUAUAUUGCCUUGACCGAAAUGACACCGCCUACGCUUCCUACUUUGCGUGGAAAGCCUACGAAAAAGUUGUGGUGAGAUCAUACGUGAUUGUCUUUUAUAGUAUUUAUUUACCCAGUCUCGUUUGA